AUGAGUUACAAUAAUAGCAAUAGAAAUAGUGGAGGUAGAGAUUAUCCCCCAUCGUCAUCAUCGGCGGGUGGAUAUAGCAGACCUCCUUCUUCAUAUUCUCAGCCACCUCCUCCACCUCCCUCUGGUGCUGGCGGUCGAGACUACUCGUCUGGUCCCGUAAGAGACUACUCGUACACAACCUCGUCAGCUCCAUCUUCAUCGUCGUAUCCAAGCGGCGGCGGUGGUGGCAGAGGAUCAGGUGACUCGUACGGUGGCGGACGUGACUAUAGCCGUAGCGACUCUUACCAACCUCGUGGUGGAGGUGGUGACUACCGAUCGGGUUCGUCAUCCUACCCAAGCAGAGGUGGUGAUUAUGGCAGAGGUGGUGGUGGUGACUACCGUAGCAACAGCAGCAGCGACUAUCGUAACGACUAUAGAUCACCUGCCGGCUCAUCUACCUCUGGUGGAUACCAAAAUGGAGGUGGUGGUCGCGACUACCGUAGUGGCGGCGGAUCAAACGACUAUAGAUCAUCGUCUUCAUCGUAUGGCGGUGGCUCACAACAACCAAUUCACAACAUUACCAAUGGAUCGUACACUGCUCCACCACCACCACCUUCAUCCUCCUCCACCCCAUCAUCCAACUAUGGCGGUUCAUACAGCAGCGGCUCCAACUCGUCAUCAUCAUACUAUAGCGCACCACCUCCAACCUCUUCCUCAUCGUCAGCACCAAGCUCCUCAUCUUACCAAAACGGAUACAACUCGUCGUCAUCGUCAUCGGCCUAUCCAUCUUCAUCGUCGUCAUCGUCGACUUAUCCUUCAUCGUCGUCUUCAUCAUACAACAGUGGUGCUGGCAGAGACUAUGGUAACUCGUCGUCGGGUGGCUCGUCUGGAUACACCUCUUCAUCUUAUGGUGGUGGUGGUGGCAGCUCAUCAUCUUACGGUAGCAGCAGCAACGGAAACUACUCAUCGUCGUACAGCGGCAACGGUUCGUCAUCUUCAUCAUCGUACGGAGGUGGCUCCUCUGGCGGCUACAGCUCGGGCGGUCUCGGAUCCAAGCUCAACAAGAUCGAUUACUCGACCAUCGAAUUGACCAAAUUUGAAAAGAAUUUCUACAAGGAAGAUUCUGAAGUAUCUGCCAUGUCACAAGACGAAGUCAGACAAUACAGAGAAAAGCAUGAAAUCACUGUAUUCAGUGCAAAGAAUAAUGAUAUUCCAAAUCCAAUCACCUCUUUUGGUUUUUCUCAUUUCCCAAGUUAUAUUAUGAGCGAAAUUGCAGUAUUGGGAUUCACAGCACCAACAUCUAUUCAAUGUCAGUCAUGGCCAAUCGCAUUAAAGGGACGUGAUAUGAUUGGUUUGGCUGAAACUGGUUCAGGCAAGACUCUUGCUUUCUUGUUGCCAGCCAUCGUUCAUAUCAACGCUCAACCAUACCUCGAGACUGGUGAUGGACCAAUAGUAUUGGUGUUGACACCAACUCGUGAGUUGGCAAUGCAAAUCCAAAACGAAUGUGACAAGUUUGGUAGCAGCUCCAAGAUCAAGAACUGCUGUAUCUAUGGUGGUGUACCAAAGUACCAACAAGCCCAAGCUCUUCGUUCGGGUGUCGAGAUUGUUGUUGCCACUCCAGGUCGUCUUAUCGACUUUUUGGAGCGAGGUGGAACCAAUCUUCGUCGUGUCACCUAUUUGGUGUUGGAUGAAGCCGAUCGUAUGUUGGAUAUGGGUUUCGAAGAUCAAAUUCGUAAGAUCCUCGGUCAAAUUCGUCCAGACAAGCAAACACUCAUGUUUUCUGCCACUUGGCCAAAGAGUGUCCAAUCUCUUGCCGCCGAUUUCCUCGUCGACCCAAUUCAAGUUAAAAUUGGUAGUGCCGAACUCUCUGCCAAUCAUAAAGUUACUCAACACAUUGAAAUUUGUGAAAAAAUGGAUAAACAAACAAAGUUAUUCCAAUAUUUGAAAUCAAUUGAACCAGGAGCUAAAUGUAUUAUUUUCCUCGAAACAAAGAGUGGUGUAGGAAUGUUGGCAAGAAACAUGUCAUACGCCGGUUUCAAAUGCGAAGCUAUUCAUGGAGACAAGACUCAAGGUGAAAGAGAUUUUGCGCUAUCUCAAUUCAAGGAUGGUAAAAUCCAAUGUCUCAUUGCAACUGAUGUUGCCUCUCGUGGUUUGGAUGUCAAGGAUAUAAAGUAUGUAAUCAACUAUGAUUUCCCCAACACCAUUGAAUCAUACAUUCAUCGUAUUGGUAGAACUGGUCGUGCAGGUGCCACUGGUACCGCCUAUACCUUGUUCACCUUGGACGAUAUGCGUUUGGCUUCAGAUUUGGUAACAGUCUUGGCAGAAGCCAGCCAAUAUGUCCCACCUCAAUUAGAACAAAUGGUUCCAAACAAAUUCAAGAGUAUUACUGAUUACAAGAGUCAGAAUCGUUACAAUCCAUACAGAAGAAAUAAUGGACAAUAA